AUAAUAGAUACCUUUGGAAUUGCAAUUGUCAUCAAGAUUCCAACAUCUCAAGUUACAUCUCUUCUCAUUCUGUUUUUAAAAAUAUAUCGGAAAUUUCUGAAGCUUAUCAAUAGUUCUCUUGAGCUAUGACCGCCCAGAAAUUUGUGUUGCAAUUGAGUGUUCACGAGGAAAGAAUAAGGAAGAAAGUGUGGGCGACCGUGUCUAAAUUUUCAGGGGUUACAUCAAUAGCAAUGGAUGAUAAAACCGGGAAAAUGACGGUAGUUGGUGAAGUUGAUGUACCGAUUAUUGUGAAGAAGCUAAGGAAAAUAUGUAAUGCAGAGCUCGUUACGGUUGAAGUUGUUAAACCACCUGAGGAGAAACCGACUCCAGCUAAACCCGCCCAAAUUGUUGCCUUUAGCUACCCGUACCAAUAUCAAUAUUCCUAUGCAAAUUCUUACUAUCAACCAUAAGACAAUUACAGAGUUUUUUUUUGAGAAAAGAUAAUUACAGAGUUGUGGUGGAGAAACCAAAUACUUGUGUGGUUAUGUAAUUUUCUAGUUCUCUUUCAAUAAAUUCAGUUUUGGUUGAUGUAAAAAAAAUAUCUGUUUUGGUCUAUGGAACGCUUAAUUCAAUUUCUAUGAAAUACUUUAAUUUUA